AUGGUCGUAUUUAUAAACAAGUGCAUUAUCUGUUUUGAACCGACUCGCCGCUUUGAAAAGGUAUCCGAAGCUUGCGGCCACGAGUGUACAUGUCGUUUGUGCGUGCGUAAACAUAUCGAAGCUGAAUUAAACACUAAAACUGCGAUUAAUAUUCGGUGUCCUAAGCCUGGAUGUCGUGUUAAAUUGACAUAUCAUGAUAUUAAAAGGCUUGUUUCUAAGGAAACUUUCGAAAGAUAUGACAAUCUUCUACUUUGUCAUGCCAUCCGUAAAUUAAAGGAUUUUCGUUGGUGCAAAAAUCCAGAAUGUGGUUCAGGACAAGAGCAUACGACUGGCGAUGACGAGCCAAUUAUGACUUGCAUUGCUUGUCAUUCGAAAUCGUGCUUUACCCAUGACGUUCCAUGGCACAAAGAUCAUACUUGCGAUGAAUUCUCCGAAAAAAUUCAAACUGAAAAUGAAACCGCCAACCAAGCUUACCAUGAUAGUUGUUUGGCUGCGUAUGAUCGUAUUCUCCAGUUUGGCAAUCACCAUCACAAGUCAACGUGCCAAUACUAUUCGGCUUACGACGGCGAAGAUAUAUAA